CCUCUCUUAUAUAGACGAUCUUUGAUCUGUAGUUCGUUAGCUGGACAUGCCAUUGCUGCUGUUAGCUGCCCACAGACCUGCCUUCCUCAGUCUGUCUGUCUGUCUGAACCAGCUGCUGAAGAGAUCAAUCAUGGCACCAGCAAAGAAGAACAAGGUGUUUGUCAUAGGUGUGGGCAUGACAAAGUUUGACAAGCCUGGAGCCAGAGGAGACUACGAUUACCCUGAUAUGGCAAAGGAAGCAGGUCAAAAAGCCCUCGGAGAUGCAGGAAUCCCGUAUUCUGCCAUUGAACAGGCCUGUGUAGGAUAUGUGUACGGGGACUCCACAUGUGGGCAGAGGGCCAUUUACCACGGCCUGGGGCUCACCGGGAUUCCCAUCAUCAACGUCAACAACAACUGCUCCACAGGAUCCACCGCUCUGUUCAUGGCGCGGCAGCUUGUUCAGGGAGGACUUGCUGACUGCGUGCUUGCUCUCGGGUUUGAGCGGAUGGAGAGGGGCUCUUUAUCCUCGAAGUACAUGGACCGGACCAGUCCAAUGGACAAGCACAUAGAAGUGAUGAUCAACCGCUAUGGCCUGGCAGCAGCUCCAGCAGCACCACAGAUGUUUGGCAAUGCCGGCAGGGAGCACAUGGAGAAAUAUGGCACAAAACCAGAACACUUUGCCAAGAUUGCCUGGAAGAACCACAAGCAUUCAACCAACAACCCGUAUUCCCAGUUCCAGGAUGAGUACAGUUUGGAGCAGGUGAUUAACUCCAGGAAGGUGUUUGAAUUCCUGACUCUGCUGCAGUGCUGCCCAACAUCAGACGGUGCUGGAGCUGCAGUUCUGGCCAGCGAAGACUUUGUCCGGAAACACCACCUAGAGAACCAGGCGGUGGAGAUUUUGGCUCAAGAGAUGGUGACUGACCUCGCCUCCACAUUUGAAGAGAACAGCUGUAUUAAGAUGGUGGGCUAUGACAUGUCUCGGUUGGCGGCGAAAAAGUGUUUUGAAGCUGCGGGUCUGACGCCCAGUGACGUCAACGUGGUCGAGCUGCACGACUGUUUCUCAGCCAAUGAGCUCAUCACGUACGAGGCUCUUGGGCUAUGUCAAGAGGGAAAAGCAGGAGAGCUGAUUGACAGCGGGGACAACACUUACGGAGGGAAGUUCGUGGUCAACCCCAGUGGUGGUCUCAUCUCUAAAGGGCAUCCUCUGGGAGCAACAGGUCUGGCUCAGUGUGCAGAGCUGUGCUGGCAGCUCCGUGGUCAGGCCGACAGGAGGCAAGUACCCGGGGCUAAAGUGGGCCUGCAACACAACAUCGGCUUGGGAGGAGCUGUGGUGGUCACCCUCUACGGGAUGGGAUUCCCUCAGGAGGCCGGAUCCCAUGUUGCUGCAAUGCCCACCAGCUCAGAUGGUGGUCUGGAAGGGUUCAAAGCGUAUCCUGUAUUCAAAGAGAUUGAGCAACGUUUGCAGCAGGAAGGUGAGCAGCUUGUCAAGAAGAUUGGUGGAGUGUUUGCUUUUAAAGUGAAGGAUGGACCCGAUGGAAAAGAGGCCACCUGGAUCGUCGAUGUGAAAAGUGACAAAGGUUCUGUCUCCAAUGACCCAGGUAAAAAGGCAGACUGCACGUUGUCCAUGAGUGAUGUGGAUCUUCUGGAUUUGAUGACCGGGAAGUUGAACCCUCAAACGGCCUUCUUCAAAGGGAAGCUGAAGAUCACAGGAAACAUGGGCAUGGCCAUGAAGCUGCAGAACCUCCAGGUCACACCUGGAAAAGCCAAACUGUGAGAAACAGAGCUAACCUUUUUAUCAUCUGAGCAACACUUUAGGAAGAAUAAUAUGAAAUGUAAUCCCUCUUUUGAAUUAACUGAUGGUCCGAAAAGUGUCAGUUCCAGCUGCUACUUUGAAAUCAAAUCUCAUAUUUUAGGCUUUCAGUUAGAUCUUGAUCUAUAACAUUUAAAUUGUGAUACAUCCACUGAGUCUUUAGGAGCUGCUUGCUUAUUUGCAAAACCAGUAGAAAUUACAAAAAAGUGUAACUCCUCCUUUAAUCAACUUUACUGUGAAAAAAACCGCACCAGUGCCUCUAUUGUCCUGUCUAAUGUUUUAUUUUCUAUAAUUAAUCUUGUAAUGUAAAGCUGUUUGAUUGCAACCACUUUGAGGGAUGAUUUUUGUAUAAACAUAUCUCUGUAAAUUAAAGCAAUGACUGUAUUUUCAAAAUAAAAACUUUGAUAACACUACAACA